CCGCCUUUCGGGGGGGAAUGUGUCCACACAACAGCGGUCCUCUGCAGGCGGCCCACACCUCGGGGUCCACUGCCCAAUGACGAGUUUGACGCUCAAAACCUGGAGUCGGUGGAGCGGUACCGCAGCUACACUCGUUACCUGAAACAAGCCGAGGAGACCACCAACCAACCUGCCUGGUGGAAGACCUACAGGAGCUACGUGGAAAGAAAUGACCCCGAGCACGGAGCAGAAAAAGUGGACAUUGGACUUCCGUACUUUCGACCCAGCAGGACCAAAGAGGCAAAGGAGAGGAAGCAGGUGAUGAAGGAGAACAAGAAGAACGUUGAGCUGGAGAGGGCUUGUCGUCUGCGCACUUUUAAGAUCCCCCUGGAUCGAGUGCAUGAGACCUGGGAGAAGAGCAGCGGUCCGUUUCAUGUAAAGAGGCUGGCCGACCACUACGGCGUCUUCAGGGAUCUCUUCCCCAUGGCGUAUUUCCUUCCUCAAGUCCCACUCCGGAUCCUCUAUGGCCAGGACAACAGUGGUCAAGUGCAUUGUGGGAAUCGGCUGACACCAACAGAAGCAGCUUCUUUCCCUCAAAUCAGCUUCGAUGCAGAGGAGGGCUCCCUGUGGAUCCUUCUGCUCACCUGUCCAGAUGAGCAUCUUCUGGAUAAUGAAACUGAAUAUGUCCAUUGGCUGGUGUGAGUAUUUCAACUCGACUCUGCUUUAAUCUUGGCAGCAACAUUUUCCUUUUACAAGCAGGUUUAAAAAUGUGAUUAAUGACAAUUAAUUAGUAAAGAUUAAUCAAUUAAUUAAUGAAUCAAUUACAUCUCCCAUCAAUUUACUUUUUUUUAUCAGCCUAAUCCCAAAUUUCAUUUAAAAUAAAAGCCCAUCUACUUGAAAAUAUUAUUAGUUUAUUCGUACUUUGAUAUUUGAGAGAAGGAUUUCAUUGCUGAGUUUGAAAUUAAAAGGCUGUUUUAACAUACGUUUUUUUAAAAUCUUGAUUUAUAAACUUAAAAAUAAAAAUAAUGGUGACACGUUUUAUUUUUCUGACUUGGUUAUAAUGCUGAAGGUGUUUCUCUUUCAUUAACAACCAAAAAAACUGAUGGUUAAUCAAUAAUUAAGGCUGUUAUCUGGGAUCUUCCGGAAAGAUGAGGCAUGCCGAAUUGGAGAAGGAAACCGGUACUGCUCAGACCCAAUUUUCAAAGUUAUCCGUCUUCUACAGCAUUUCUAACCUUCAAUUUUUUGUUAAAGUCAUGCGUCGUGUAGAAGAUCUGUGUAAACACAGCAAAGUAUUUGCGUAUUUAAAUGGGAACGUAGUAGUGUGAGGAUACGGCCUUCGAGGGGCUUUUCCGGUAAAG